AUGCGUAAAACCCGGAAUUCCAGAAAAAUAGCUAUCAAUGCUCAAAAAGACAGAUGCCUCAUAUGUUUAGAACCAUUAGAAAAUUUAAUAAAAGUCUCCCUCGAUACCUGUGGUCACAAUCAAUUUUGCAUUAUCUGUAUAACUCGAUGAUCAGAGAUCACAAAUAAAUGCCCUCUUUGCAACGAAAGAUACCAUUCCUAUAUCAAUCUUUCCUCCUUUAAAUUAUUUUUUGUAGAAGACAAAGACCAAUCAGAUGGCGCCAUUGACGAUCCCUACCGUGACCUUGCCUGCCAGAUCUGCCACCUUUCUAAUGACGAAGAAAACUUACUCCUCUGUGACUCCUGCAAUAAAGGUUUCCAUAUUUCCUGCAUAAAUUUAAGCCAUAUUCCUAUCCUUGAAGAAUGGUUCUGCAAAAAGUGCAUUAAAAAAAAAUCCAAAACAAAACAAAUGCUACAGGCUGAAGAAAUGAAAAAAGCUUCAAAAAAUGAAAAAAUUGAAGAAAUUAUUGUCAAAAAAAGAAUUUCAGGUAAAAAUGUGGAGGUAAAAAUUGAGAUGGAAAAAGUGAGGAGGUCAGGGAGGAUAAGGAAAAAUAAGGCUAUGGAAAAAGGCUGGGAUGAGCAGUUUGUGUUUUAUUAG